ACGGGCGGCGGUUGGUUCUAUUGGUUGUGUUAUAUGGUUCAUUAUAAAUUUGUGAUAAAGGCUAUCGAAAAAUUAUGAAAAAUACUAAGAUAGUAAAUAUGUCGUGAUAACGUAUGGUGAAUCAUACGCGUACGCAUGCACCUCGUCUGCCUCUUCGUAUUUUAUUACUUCAGUGUUAUGAUCGCAUCAUAGCGCACGGUUCUAGACACUCGAAACCAGUCGAUAUUAUGUGGCCCGAACGUGAGAACGACAUAAGAGUUUUACAAUUAUGAUGCCUAUGGUGUACACAGUGUAUGGUUUUGCUAUAUUUUUUAUGAUUGCGUGGAUUUGUUUGUGGUUAAUUCAUAUAAUGGCUCUGUCAUAUUCUAAGUGGAAAUUGCAUCGGACUGUGGACCGGUCGCCACCGGAACAACCAUAUCUCGGAGUUUCUAUCCUGAAGCCUCUCACCGGAGUCGACCCUAACUUGUUUUCGAACCUGGAAACGUUUUUUACAUUAGACUACCCGACCUACGAGUUGCUCUUUUGUGUGGAAAACGAGCACGAUCCAGCUGUGAUGCUCGUAAAUAGUUUAAUGCAGAAGUUUCCUCAAGUGGAUGCUAGAUUAUUCGUAGGCGGAUUGUGUGUUGGUGUGAACCCUAAAAUUAAUAAUAUGCAGCCAGCGUACUUGGCGGCAAAGUAUCCGUUAAUAUUAGUCAGUGAUUCCGGUAUUCGCAUGCGAGAGGACACAUUACUUGACAUGGUCCAGCAUAUGAAGGAAGAUGUUGCGAUUGUGCAUCAAAUGCCGUUUGUUUGUGAUGCCGAUGGUUUCGCGGCUGUGUACGAGAAGGUCUACUUUGGCACGGCGCAGGCGCGUUUGUAUCUCGGUGCCGACUUUCUUGGUAUCAAUUGUCACGUUGGUAUGUCGUCGCUGGUACGACGAUGCGCACUGGAGGAAGCCGGUGGUCUAGCAGCAUUCGGUGAAUAUUUGGCUGAAGAUUAUUUUAUGGCCAAGGCUGUUGUAUCUCGAGGGUGGCGUAUGCGUGUAGCAUCGUUGCCGGCACAACAAAAUAGUGGCGCGAAAUCGGUGGGUGCGCUUCAAGCGCGUCUAAAGCGGUGGGCACGGCUACGUAUAGCGAUGGUGCCGACAACAGCUCUGCUGGAACCGCUGAGUGAGUGUCUGCCCCUCGGCGCUGGCGCCGCUUGGGCAGCAGGAGAGCUUUUCGGCGCGGAGCCUUUACCGUUCUUCUUAGUGCAUGUGCUAGUGUGGUUCUUAUCGGACUGGUUAAUGUUGCGUUCAGUGCAAAACGGCUCGCCUCCUAUUACGAAAGUUGAGUUUCUGCUCGGGUGGGUGUGGAGCGAGUGCUGCGCGCCAUUUGUGCUGGCUGCGGCACUGCUUAACCCAGAAAUAUCGUGGCGGACUCGCAGUUAUCGGCUGGACUGGGGUGGCCGCGCCCAUGAGCUCAAACCAAAACUUAAAUUUUGAGCCCCAACCCCUCCCUUAUUGAAAGCUUUAAUUUGAUGUACGUAGUUUAUGUUACAUUAUAUAUGAUGAAUGAGUACAUUUUCAGUGUCUCUGAAUUUGAUUGAAUGUUUAUAAUUACUAUAUUAGGGUUAAGUUUUUGAUUUUAAUUAAUAUUUAUAAUUUUGAAAUGAAUGGUGGAUACUUGUUACUAUUGUUUUAGAGUUUUGUAUGUUUAUAGAUUUAAAUAAUUGUCAGCUGCUGCAUAAUUAUUUUCUGGUAGUAAUUGCCAAUAAUGAUCUGCCAUAUUGAGUUUAAAAUUCAUGUACAAUAUGUAUAAUAAAUAUUAAUAAAUGAGCGAAAAAGGUAACCUGAAUGUGUAUGCACUGUGAUUCAUUCGCUUAUCAACGAUGAAUAGUGAAGAUUCCUCGCUCUGCUCACUUGAAUUUUUAAAGAGUGAAUCAUUUUUUUGUAAUGCUGACCUGCUUUUGCAGUACAAGUUAUAUUGAUCAAGAACAAAAGGCCAACAUUCUCAUCACAAAUAUGUAUAAAACUGUAUUUUGUAAUCAUUGCUUAUUUAAAAAAAAAAAAGUACAUUCUAUAUAAAGUACAAAACAAACCUGCACUAAAUGUUAAUUUAUUCGCCUUUCAAAAUUACAAUACCAAUGUAUCCUAAUAAUUAAAAAAAACAACUACAAUUCUAAAUAUGAGUGAACAGGGUUUAUCUCUCUAAUAAUAUUUUUUAAUACUAUCCAAGUUUUUGAAUUAUUUUAUUUCGGUGCCUUUGGACUAGGAGUGUUAAAUAAUAAUCUGUGCACAUUGGAAAUGGGACCAAAAAGGUUGAAUUAUAUUUUAAAGUGAAACAUUCUUAUAAAAGACAGUAUUAAUUUCUUGUGUGAUUUUUGUUUUUUUAUUUUUUUUCGAUGAACGGUAUUGAGAGAAAAGACUGUAUUUUCUAAUGUAGCUGAGUCCAAAGGUACUUAAUUUUGUUGUGAUUAUAUUAAGAAGUUCAUUCUAUUAUUUUUUGAAGGUCUUUAUUGUGCCAUGAUCAAUUGCUUUGGUUCUAUUAUGUAUGCAUGCAUAUUAUUCCUUAUGCAUAAUUUCACUUUGGGCUCUAAAUUCAUAGGAUAUUAAAAAAGCCAUAAAUAAUUCAAUUUUAUACUGCAUUUACUACAAGGAUAUAAUAAUUCAAGCGAUGUGUCGUGAAUAGUAUGACAUAAAAAGUAUUGUGAGUCAUUAUUUCAUAGUAGUCAUUAUUUCAUAUUGAAAUAUUAAAGCUGACUUUUCACUAUGAUAUAAAAUGUAAAGUUUAUACUUAAGAUAUUAUAUACAUUAUAUUUCAGGCUAUAUAUAUUUCUUGUUUGAUCUCAAGAUAUUAUCAAGUAUAUACAAAACCUACCCACACCUUUUCAUGUCUGCAUUAACCUUAGUUGUUAUCUUUCACUGAAUUGUAUAUACUCUUGAUUUUACGGAUCGCAUUUAUAUCUCUUGUGUAAAUGUAAUUUAAAAAUGUAAUCUAAGUAAUAUCUAGGGUCUAAUGUAUAUUUUUAUCCUUAGUGAAAAGCCAGCUUAAGUAGAUAUCACAAAGAUAUGCAGUCUACAUAUAUCACUCACUUGUCGUAAUUUUAAAUUAGUAACCUUGCGAGUCGCCUUCUGUCUAAUAAUUUACGUACAUAACUGGAUUUUGCUGUCCGAUCUAUAUAGCCAUCUGCGAAUUAAAGUGUAAUGUCUAGUUUAUCAAUGACUUGUUAUUGCCAUUGGAAAUAAAAACGACAAAUUAAUAAAUAAAGUUCGAGAAAUUCGUUCAAAUACAGCCUUGAUUUAUUUUCAAAAUUAUGAAUGGUUUAGCGUGCGCCUUAAGUACUGUCGAAUUCAUAGUAAAACGACUCCGGGUCAGAGUACAUAGUAAGAUUAGAUAAAGUUAUGUUUAUAUAUCUACAGCGCAAUCAAAAUUAGACGUUGAUUUAAUGUUUUGACAGGAAUAUUAAAUAGACUAUAUAAGUCUUUCAAAAGCUUAAAUAAAAUCUUGAUUAGUCUGAUUUUUAAUAUACAAUUAUAAGCAUUCCUUUUUUUUAUUGAACAACUUUCUUUAUGAUUACCUUAAGAUCGCGCAAUCUUAACAGGCCUUAAAGUUGGAUUAACUAUAUAAUUCCGUCUUUAGCCCGUAGUGUUAAUGGUGGUUCUGAAAUUUGGAAACUCAGUGCCUACCUUGUAUUAGUAGGAUCCCCCGCGUGACAUAUAAGCUUAAACCCUAAUCGCUUAAAUUUGAUUCUGAAUCAAUUUAUCAUUUAUAAACAAACGCUUGUAUCUAAUUUGUUUAAAUUGACUUUUGGUGUAUCGUGAUAUCCAAACUAAUUUUAACUGUUCUUAAAUUGUACAUAUUUCAAUGGAAAUUAUUUGUAACAAGUUUUACGUAUAGAUUUCAAAAUUGAAAAGUUUUAGAAACGGAUAGUGUCGGAAUCGACAAAAAGUACGUCUGUUUCAUUGCAAGUUACGCAAACAGUUACAGUAAUGAAAGAACUGUAGAAUAUUUAAUUUCAGUAAGUGUAAAAAACAAUUACUUAAACAAUAGAAAUGACAUUAUAAUAGUAACUGUUUUAAUUGUUUUAUUUUUGUUUACAUUGUCCAGAUGUUUUAUUACAUUAGAAUUUUAAUUCGUGCCAUUUAAAAUUCGAGUUUGGAUGUCUGUCAUAUAACCUUUAUAUAUAUUUAAAAUUAAAAGGGAAUAUGGGAUAGUAUACAAGAAGUUGAAAUGGGGACACGCAUAUAAAUUUUACAAUAAUAAUGUAAGUACGACCUAGCAAGGGCUUUACUUUAGAAUUAUUAUUAUUAUUUGAUUUUAUACACAUAAUUUUAGUAAGAAAUAGGGAUCUUACCUUAAAAAAGGAAUGCUUUAUGUUAGACCAACGUCAAUUUUUUUGAUUAGUGCUUUGUGAUUUUUCUUAAAGUUUUAAAUUAAUAAACUUUGUUUUAGAACGAGACGUAUUCAUUACACGUGGUUGGACAUACUAUAUUAAUAAAUAUUUUACGAUUAUCAUUCUUACUGUAAUUAUCGAACGACUCAGAAAGCCGAUUCUAGUUCGAUUCAUACUUAACGCAGUUGUUUUAAAAAUGAAAUUCAUUUUUAUAUGUUAUGAACACGCGAAAUGACAUUAUGUCGCUAAAUAUAUUUCGUACUCUUUAAAAGCUGAAAAAGAUUAUAGCCAUGAAAUAUAUUUAAUUUGUUUUUCUCUUUACUAAUGUAGUGUUGUAAAUAUCGACAUCUAAUAAUUAAUUACUCGAUACUGUUAGUUAAAAAUUACUAUUACCCCCCCUAAAUAACAUUUUUUGGUAACUCCGUUUGAAGUUAAGUUAAUCAUUAGUUAGCAUGGAAACGAAAACAAGGCAAUAAUUAAUUAGAUUUUAUGCUUUAACUCAUUCGUACACAUAAUUUUAUAUACGAAUUUUUGCUCUAAUUGUAAGCGUUCGUGUGUGCAUCAGAAAAUUUAAUUUGACAAUUGAUGAUGAUUGAUGAUUCAUCAUUCCAUUUUAUUAUUAAUUAUUAUGAUGUAAGGCGAUUUGGCAAUUUAUAAGCCUAUAAGAUAGAUUAUUUAAAAACGUUAGUCUAUCGUUCAAAUAUCAAUCAAAGAGUACAUAGCCAAUUAAAAAUAAUUGACAGCUGUCAAAUGAUGUAAUUCUCACUAUAUUUAAAGAUUAUUAACGUAAAAAUGGAUUUAUUUAAAUUCGCCACAUAAGUUUAACCUUUUUGCUUAAACGUCGUACUUGUGACCUUCAAAUUUUAAUAAUCAUGCCCAAAAUAUUUUCUUAAGAAAUCCUAAGUUGUACAACAAAACGAACUAUCCUGUGACUUUAGAAAUUGUAUGAGCCUUGCUAGUAUUAUAUAAAUAGCCAGUAUAUGCCUGAAUACAGUUCAAUACUCAAAUGUAUUAUAAAAAAUAGUACGUCAAAAUUAUUUCGCUUUUUUUGGGGCCAUAUUACAUGUUUAUUUCAGUAGAAUUGGUACAUUUAUAAAUAUGAUACCGACUUAUGUUUUUAAUUAUAAAAUUUAGUUGUAAUCAGAGCCGGCUUCAGCUACGAGUCUAGUGUCUAUAGAUUAGUAGUCUAUCUUUCAGGUGUAAAACAAUUACCUGGUAGCUAACGUUUACUCUUAGUAAGUGUCUGAGUGACGAGAUAAGUAUCGAGGCGCGUGCCCAGGUCGCCUAGGCUAUUCAGUGAGAUCUUUAACUCAAAGUUCACCUUUGCAAUAUGUCAAUGAAAGACAUAGUAAUCAGUAACAUACAGUAAUUAUCAUGUAACUUUAAAUUGUUUCUUUUCAAACGAUUAAUUUCUAGGUUAAGCGUUCUACAUAGUGAAUUUGGCUGUAUAUACAUUUCAUAUUAUCGAAUUACUCUGAUUAAUUGGCAGUCAGUUAGAAAGUAGUAAAAAAACGGCCAGUGGUGUUAGUCAAAUUUCACGAUUUAUUAGUUUUUACAGCUCUGACAGGCUGAUAGCCAAGCGUCUGAAUAGCUCUUCUCUAAAGCUAACUCUGGUUCAGAUUGAUUUAUAUAAUUUAUCAUUUUGGCACUUCGUGGUAUCUAUCGUUUAUAAAUGUACGUAUUCUAUUUAAAUAUGCAUCACAUCCGGAUUGAAUGUAGAAUUGAUGUAGACCUUGUGUAUUGUACCUGAUAACGGCGACUUUUAAUAAAAUAUCAGUAUGUUUGGAAUUUA